AUGCCCAUGACUGAAUGACAGUAGAAAGUGCAGAAGGAUAAGCAUCUUAACUUUGGAAGCAUGGGCAAAGUUUUAUCCCACAUUAUCCUUCCAUUUUUAACCAACAAGUAGUUCCUUAAAGAACGUGAGAACUGAGAAGAAAGAACUUCGGACAUUCAUCUAAGAAAAUGGUAUCAAUCGCCAUAACUUCUUCAUCUCUGCAAAUAACUUCUAGCUCUCACCGGUUCACUAAGAAACGUCAAUCACUAGCAAGACCUAGAUGCACCUUGGCAACUGAACAGAAAACACAUGUUGUCACAGUUAAUGUCGAAAACAAGAGUGCCGCCAAGUUACUAGACCCUCAAGAAAAAAAGUUGUUUAGAGAGAAUGGUUCGGCAGGUAACACACAGGAACCGGCGCAGGAAAUAGAAAAUGAAUCUACUGUUCCUAGGUUCCACGACGAGAGAUGGGAAAAGGGUACUUGGGAUCUGAAUUGUUUCGUAAAAAACGGGAAGAUGGACUGGGAUGGUGUCAUUCUUGCAGAAGCAAGAAGAAGAAAGUUUCUAGAAAUGUAUCCAGAGACAGCAACAAAUGAAGAACCAGUUGUUUUCCUGAGUUCUAUCAUACCUUGGUGGGCAUGGAUUAGGAGGUCUCAUCUGCCAGAAGCAGAGCUGCUUAAUGGUCGGGCAGCAAUGGUGGGAUUCUUCAUGGCGUAUACAGUUGAUGUUCUAACUGGUCUUGACAUGGUCGGACAAGCGGGAAAUUUCGUCUGCAAGACAGGACUUCUCAUUACACUUAUCGGUAUAAUGGCUUUCAGAAAAAAGGAGGACUUCGGCAACUUACAGAAGCUAGCCGAUGAAGCUACAUAUUACGAUAAACAGUGGAGAGCUUCAUGGGAAGAACAAAACUCAAGCCCUUCGUCGAAAAAACGAUAGAAAAACUAUGUAAUUAGAUUGUGUUAGCACAAAUUUUUGAAAUAAAACUAUAUUCAGUCUAUCUUCCAAAUAGUUUCAGUCACGA